AUGGAAACAGUUACCUGUGCUGUGAUGGAAGAGGUGGCCGUGGCCGUCAGUCCUUUGCGAUGGCAGAGUUUCUGCCAGGCAGAGGGAAUGUUCCGAUACGAAUCAGGUGUUAAGUGGAAAUACACUCCAGCAUAUCCUCCAGUGCCCUGCGUGAGUCCAUUAGCCACGUACGCGGCUGCUCUGUGGGCAUGUUCGCGGGGACUCGUGCUGAUCCUCUUUGCAAGCUCGGUGCUUAACCUGGCUGAACUCGCUGCCCUCCGCCCUGACCUUGGCAAAUUGAAAAAGAUCCUCUACUUCCAUGAGAAUCAAUUGGCAUAUCCUGUCCAGAAAUGCCAGGAAAGGGAUUUUCAGUAUGGAUACAACCAGAUUCUUUCAUGUUUGGUUGCUGAUGUUGUGGUGUUCAACUCUGCUUUUAAUAUGGAAUCGUUUCUUACAUCCAUUGGAAAAUUUAUGAAGCUGAUUCCUGACCACAGACCUAAGGAUUUGGAAAAAAUAAUCAGACCGAAGUGCCAAGUUCUUUAUUUUCCAGUCAGGUUUCCUGAUGUGAGCAGGUUCAUGCCAGAACAUAAGCUUGCCCAUUUGGAAAAGGUAAUUGAUGUUAAAAGAAAUGGAGAUGCUUAUCAAUUGGAGGGUCUGCCCGGCCAGCAGAAGGGCAGAGCUUUAAUGAAAAACAGCAACGCACAUCGUGAGUCUGGACUUUGUGAAGCCCAGCCUGGACUUUGUACCACACAGCACGAGGGGCUGCCUUCCCCAUUAGCAGUGCCGGCGAGAUUGAACAAGCCUGAAGCAUCAGAAAGUACAAAUCCUUGUCAAGAGGAAGAUAAGCAACAUCUGACUUAUAACCUCUCUAAUAUCUUGAGUGGACGGGACUAUCAGCAAAGACCUUUACACGUUGCCUGGCCCCACAGGUGGUAA